UGUGUCCGUGCGGGCGCCCCGGCCCCCUCCCCGCCCCGCCGCAUUGUGGAGGGAGGGACCGCGGCCGCCUCCGCCGCCGUGCGGGGCCGGGCGCUGUCCGUGGUGCUGAUCCCCGCGGGGUGGGAGCUGUCCGUGGUGCUGAGCCCGGCGGGACGGGCGCUGUCCGUGGUGCUGAUCCCCGCGGGGAGGGAGCUGUCCGAGGUGCUGAUCCCCGCAGGACCAGGAACUCUCCGAGGUGCUGAGCCGUGCCGCCCGGGCGGCACCAUGGUGUUCGCUCCAGGUGAGAAGCCAGGGAUGGAGCAAGAUGAAGUUAAGCUGCAGAUUGCCAGCAAGCAGAUUGUGCAGACUGCUAUCCUCCGAGCAGUGCAACAAGUUUCCCAGGAGAGCCAGCAAAAGGAGAAACGAACAAACACCAGUGCAAGCCUCCAACUAGAAAGAGGAAAACUAACCAAGAAGCACGAAAAGAAGUAAAGGAGCAGAUAGGGGUUUUUCAACUCCAGUCUGCAGUGUUUUCAGCUUUCUCUUUAGUAUCAGCUGUAUUGCUAGUGCAAUGCUACUGCUGUAAAGCAAACCAAAGUAUUAUCACACCUAGACAUAGGGUAAAACUGAAAUAGUCCUCAGCUGAAAAAUAUUAAGUGCAUUAGAUGAAUGACUCCAUAUUUAUGCAGUGCCUCUUAACAGAAAUGAUAACCACAGCUGUAAAAGUAGUUCCAAGCACAAGCUCUUAUGAUAUGAGCUUAUUCUCAAAAGCUUGUUGCCAGUGCACUUUCAUGCUAAGUUCUCCGUGCAACGUUUACGUCAGUUCAGCUGGACGGGCUCUUCUUUGUGUUGUUGGGUUCACUGAAGCUGUCUUCGCUGAAGAAAUUGUUUACUGUCAGGUGUAGCAGAAUGCUUUCAGGCUCCCUUGGAGCACGGGUUUGUACUUUGCUUUGAUUAGACAUGAACUAUGUGAAAUGGCAGUAUAAAGUGGAUUUGGUAAGUUCUGUGAACCAGUUUAUUUAUUCGUCUUGGGGAAAAAAAGAAACCAAUCCAGUAAGACUGCAGUGACUGUGAUCUAUGACUAUGAUCAUAUACCUAUGAUCUAUGUAUUUUUUUAAAAGAAGUUAAGUACUGAAGUUUUAGUCUACUUACUGAAAUACUUCUAUACUUCUGCAUAAAAAUCACUUGUGCCUAAACUAUUCCUUUUGAUUUUCUUGAUAUUGAAAGAAAAGGAACUGAUGUGAUGAUAAGGAAUUGGCCAUCAUUUCCUUCAGUUUUGCAACUUUGCUGGGUCUUGAUCUACAGAAAGAGAAAACUGAAGUGUCUUUAAAAAAAGGAGGUUGAAUAUAUUAGUGUCUUUAAGAAUGAAAAUAUACUGUAUCUGAAUUUUGUCAUGGUAGGUAUUUCUCACCUGCUGGGUGUAAAGUGACUUUAGGUAUUUGCAGUUCUUACAUAGAUUCACCUUAAAUAGCACUGCGUGAAGCUGGUAAUACAGAGCUUAUCCUUUUAACUGCUCUAUAUAGCUGAAGAAAUCCAUGAUGUUUCUGAAAAUACAAAUUAAAUAAAUGUACCCUUCACUUUUA